GGAAUCGCCUCGACCCAGUUCGAGUCUGACUAUGCUGGUUCCACCGCAGCGGUCGAUGUUAUGACCUCAAAUCGCCCUUCUUCGACCUUACGGUCGCCUUCCAUUCUAAGCGAGCGCCGUGAUUUCCGCAGGUUGUCUGGUCGCUCCGUGUCCUGCCCUGUCGAUCCCGAACCAGCUCCCGACACACAACCCUCCGCGAUUCCCGAGGAAAUCAGUGAGAUCAAGCGCUAUGAAGACUUCACAACUAUAGAUUGGGUUCAAGAUGCGAUAUAUGAACAAAGUGCUCGCCGUGCCAAGCGGCGGGGUGGUGGGGGGUUCUGGGAUCGGGAAGGUGUCUUCAGCUGGCGACGAAAGAUGCGCGAGUCUUAUGAUGCCGGACAGGCUUGGCUGGUUGUUACACUUGUCGGAAUGGCAAUUGGACUCAACUCAGCUUUAUUGAACAUUAUCACCGAGUGGUUGUCAGAUAUCAAGCUGGGUCACUGCACCACCGCUUUUUAUCUGAACGAGCAGUUUUGCUGCUGGGGCGCCGAGAAUGGUUGCCCCGAAUGGAAACAUUGGACUGGUUUCUGGCCGUUUAACUAUGUGGUUUACUUCUUUUUCGCAGUAAGGCUCCGUUCCGUGCGCACCCCCAGUCGUAAUGAGCUAAUUUCCAAUCAGGUGCUACUUGCAUUCAUUGCAGCGGUUCUUGUCAAGUCCUUUGCACCAUAUGCCGCAGGCUCCGGUAUAUCGGAGAUCAAAUGUAUCAUUGCUGGCUUCGUUAUGAAGGGUUUCCUGGGAGCCUGGACCCUCCUGAUCAAGUCCAUUGCUUUGCCAUUGGCCAUUGCAUCUGGCCUUUCCGUUGGUAAAGAAGGACCUAGUGUCCACUUCGCUGUCUGCACAGGGAACGUGAUCUCUCGAUUCUUUGGCAAAUAUAAACAGAGUGCAUCGAAGACGAGAGAAAUCCUGACUGCAUCGGCGGCUGCUGGUGUGGCAGUGGCUUUCGGCAGCCCGAUUGGGGGUGUGCUAUUCUCUCUAGAGGAAAUGGCGAACUAUUUCCCACUUAAGACUCUUUGGCGUAGCUACUUCUGUGCCCUGGUUGCAACCAGUGUGCUGGCUGCUUUGAACCCAUUCAGAACUGGGCAACUGGUCAUGUUCCAAGUUUCAUACGAUCGCACAUGGCACUUUUUCGAGCUUAUCUUCUUCGCAUUUUUGGGUGUAUUUGGUGGUCUCUAUGGUGCAUUCGUAAUGAAAUGGAAUCUUCGCGUGGCUGCGUUCCGCAAGAAGUAUUUGUCCCAAUGGCCUAUCACCGAGUCCGUGGUUCUUGCUGCUCUGACUGCCAUCCUCUGCUACCCCAACAUGUUCCUGAGGAUUAACAUGACUGAAAUGAUGGAGAUUCUCUUCCACGAGUGUGAAGGGGGACACGACUAUGACGGACUUUGCGGAUCUCAGAAUCGCUGGUCGAUGGUAUUUUCGCUGGCUAUUGCUACCAUUCUGCGAACCGGAUUGGUCAUCAUUUCUUAUGGGUGCAAGGUUCCAGCCGGUAUUUUCGUCCCGUCAAUGGCUGUUGGUGCAUCUUUUGGUCGCAUGAUGGGAAUCAUGGUGCAGGCACUACAUGAAUCCUUCCCCAAAGCCUCGUUCUUUGCGUCAUGUGAGCCAGAUGUGCCUUGUAUCACUCCAGGCACAUAUGCCUUCCUGGGCGCCGGUGCCGCGCUUAGUGGAAUCAUGCACCUCACCAUUUCCGUGACGGUUAUCAUGUUCGAGCUAACAGGAGCACUGACUUAUAUUCUGCCCACCAUGAUUGUGGUUGGAGUAACCAAAGCCGUUGGAGAUCGUUUCGGUAACGGCGGUAUCGCAGACCGAAUGAUCUGGUUCAACGGGUUCCCAUUUCUAGAUACCAAGGAUGAUCACGUCUUUAAUGUUCCAGUAUCACACGCGAUGACAACAGAUCCGCUCACUCUGCCUGCUUCAGACUUCCCAGUCCGCGAGGCAGAGCAUUUACUGAGUGACAACAAAUUCCAAGGGUUCCCGAUCGUCGAAGACCGCAACUCCAAGAUCUUGGUUGGCUACAUCGGACGCACGGAGCUGCGAUACGCCAUUGAUCGCGCACGCACCGACGCAACCGUCGCACGACGCGCAUCCGUCUCGCAGACACGAAGCGCCAAUACCUUCGACGACAUCCAUCACAGCGUGGGUGCUGGAUUUGUCGAUUUCUCACGAUAUGUCGACCACACGCCACUGACCGUGCAUCCGCGCCUCCCGCUCGAGACCGUCAUGGAAAUUUUCAAGAAGAUGGGCCCGCGCGUGAUCCUUGUUGAGCACCGCGGUCGUCUGACAGGCCUGGUCACUGUAAAGGACUGUUUAAAGUACCAGUUCAAGGUCGAGGCGGAAGAGCACGCCCUGGCUGCAACCAGCUCAUCCGAUUUCGCUUCUGCUCCAUUGGGUGGGCAUCUCAAUACCCCUGCGCCAGAAACACUAGAAGAUCGUUUAUGGCGACUUAUCUUGACCGUCGCUGGCUUUGUGUCCGGAAAAAUCGGACGUAAGCACUCUGUACGUCUACAAGAUCGACGCCGGACAGCGCCAGCACCAGCAGGGUCAGGGAUCCUGGAUGGUACCGAAGAUGACGGACUAGUGGAAUUGGAAGAAAGAGAGGAUCGGCCUGGUCGCUAA